CCUACGACGCACUGUGUGUCACAGGCUGAAUGUUCAUGCGUGCAGUUUAUUGACAGAUAUUUCCCAUAAAACCUGUAGUGAUGAGCCGUCUUAGUUCUCUGCUGCGAAGGACAUUUGGAGGGGUAAAAGAGCAUGUCGGUACAGAUCAUUUUGGAAAUAAAUAUUACAACGUACCCGAGCAGAAGACAUGGACAGGACGGGUUAUGCGGCCCAGGCGCCUGAUGGAAGCAGCCAAUCCAAAAGAGUUUGAGUAUUUAGAAGGAAGCAUUCCCUCCGAAUGGGAUGCUUGGAUCAGAGGCAGGCGGAAGCAGCCACCCACUACAGAGGAGUUGCAAAUUAAUGUACACUACAGGGAGCAGAUCAAAGUCAAAGCUGUUGAAGCAGAGGAGAGGGAUAAAGCCCUGCAGGCCAAAGAGUAUGAAGAAGGAUUGGUGGCCCAACCUGUUCAAAUACAAACUAAAGGUCAUGCUUCUGCCACCCAGUUUGGACAGCCAGAAGUCAGUGAGGACCCCAUAAGCACCGCAAACUCAUUCCAGCCUGGGUCCUGGGGACCUCCAGGAGCCAAAAAAUAG